AGAUGAACGCUGUGGCUUGAGUUCCUGAGGCUGGAGUCACCACCUGAGAGUUCCCUUCGCUUCUCCUGAGCUGUGCCCAGCCGCCCAGUGAAAGUAUGCGAGGAAUUAAAAAAUCGAAUUCAAAUGCAAAGAUGUCGUUCUCGCUUACUCGCUGGUGCUUCAUACUGUUCAUCAUUUUAAACCAACCAACCAUGGUCCUCCCCAACACUUCAAAUGAUGCCAGUCCAACAGGGGAGCCUGAGCCAUUUCUGUACAUUUUAGGACGAAGGAAAAUGAAGGAUGCAGAGGCCAAGUGCUAUAGACGCAUGCAACAGUUGCCCCCAUACCAAGGAGAAGGUCUGUUCUGCAACCGCACCUGGGACGGAUGGCUGUGCUGGGACGACACGCCGGCUGGAGUGACAUCCCAUCAGCACUGCCCGGAUUAUUUUCCAGACUUCGAUCCCACAGAAAAGGCUUCAAAAUACUGUGAUGAAAAUGGAGUUUGGUUUGAAGACCCUGAAAGGAAUCUAACCUCAACUAACUAUAGUAUGUGCAAUGCUUUCAGUCCUGAGAAACUAAAGAAUGCAUACAUUCUGUACUACCUGGCUAUUGUGGGACACUCUGCUUCUCUUACCACCUUGACAGUUUCGCUGGGAAUUUUCAUGUGUUUCAAGAGCCUCAGCUGCCAGCGGGUAACUAUACAUAAGCACAUGUUUCUGACUUACAUUCUGAACUCCAUUACUGUUCUCAUCCACCUGAUUCAAGUGGUGCCCAAUGAAGAAUUUGUGAACAUGGAUCCGCUGAGCUGCAAGGUUUUGCAUUUUAUCAACCACUACUUGAUGUCGUGCAAUUAUUUCUGGAUGCUCUGUGAAGGGAUCUAUCUUCACUCACUCAUUGUGGUGGCCGUGUUCACUGAGAAACAACGCAUGAAGUGGUAUUAUCUCUUGGGCUGGGGGUUCCCGCUGGUGCCAACUAUUAUCCAUGCUGUUACCAGGACACUGUACUUCAAUGACAACUGCUGGCUGAGCGCGGAGACCCACUUGCUGUACAUCAUCCACGGCCCUGUCAUGGCAGCACUGGUGGUUAACUUCUUCUUUCUGCUCAACAUCAUCCGUGUGCUGGUGAAGAAGAUGAAGGAAGCCCAGCAGCCCGACUCGUACAUGUACCUGAAGGCGGUGAAGGCCACUCUCUUCCUGGUGCCCCUGCUGGGAGUCCAGUUCGUCGUGUUUCCCUGGAGACCUAACAACAAGGUGCUUGCCCAGAUCUACGACUACCUGAUGCACUCUCUGAUUCAUUUCCAGGGAUUCUUCGUUGCGGUGAUUUACUGCUUCUACAACAGCAACGUCCAAGCCACCCUGAAGCGCCAGUGGAUGCAAUUUAAGAUCCAAUGCAGCCAGCGCUAUGGGCGCCGCGACAGGCGCCCCAACGGCAGGCGCCCCAAUAUCAAUGCCGCCGCUGCCGCUGCUGCCGCCGCCGCCGCUGCCGCCGCCGUCGAGGCUGAGGCUGGUAGCGGUCUCCCGAUAUACAUCUGCCAUCAGGAGCCGAGGAACAACGAAGUUGCCGUCAACCCCGGCGAGAUUUCUGAGAUCAUCCCUAUGGAAGUGGUGGAAGUGCUGGAAGUGCUGGAGCAGGAGUCAAGCGCUUAAAUGUGAA